ACCGUCGAUGAAAUGAUUUCAAUCAUCGUCUCAGGAGAUAGAUGUUCGCGCGAAGAAGAAGGUUGGUCAGCUGGCAAAACGAUUGUGCAUUUUGAGCCAAUGGGAAAAACCAGCCAACAAUAUUGGACCGCUGGGAAAGCGCGCUUCUUACACGAAUUGCGGCUCGAGCCGACGACGAAAUCCUCGUGUGCGCUGAUUUCGAAGCAGUGUCGGCGAAGCGGCGUUUUUGUUCGUAUACACGAAAUGCUCCGCCUGCUACUUCUGGUGUCUGCUAACUAUAAUAAAGUGCUUGCUUGGUGGUGUGUCGGGACGACUUGUCUCUUGAAGAUGUGUGUUGUUACGGCUAUGUGAGAUUUGCCGUUUUGUACACCGUCGCCGCCGAGAUGUCUACUCUGCAUUUUAUUGCCUUCCCGUUACCAGGAACAGAAGAUCAACUAAACGACAGAUUAAAGGAGGUUGCCGAUAAGCUUCGUCGUUCAGCGUAUUCGCCGCCAUCAUUUUUGCACAAAUUUUCGUCCUGCUCGGUCGUACAAUGCGUCGUAGGACCGUCGCAUCUUGGCUUUCUGCUUGAUGAUGGACGCGUAUGUCGUGUGGCCUAUUCGUUGCUUUCCGACAGUCUCGACCUUAGUAAAGGUCCAAGCGACGGUGCCCCAGGUGGAGGCAAUAACAAUGGAUCGAAUAAAGGGUCAAAUUCACAGGCUGCCGGCGGAGGCAAUUCGGCUAGUGGUGCAGCUUCAUCGGGCUCGUCAAAAGUGAAACGCACGGCCCGCAUAUCGACGGGCGGCUAUAGACCUGGCUCUUCCGGCCGAAUGGUGAUGGGCAGCCGUUCAGUGGUGCCAGCAACUUACGUGCCUGAGGAGCUGGUCACUCAGGCACAGGUUGUACUUCAAGGCAAGAGCCGUCACCUAAUUAUCCGCGAACUGCAGAGAACGAAUCUGGACGUGAACUUGGCUGUCAACAAUCUUUUGUCCCGAGACGACGAGGAGGGCGAGGAUGCAUCAAUGAAUGAAGAUGGAGCUGGCGGGGAGAGUUUUGUCAGUGAGGACCUGAUGUCGUUAUUGGAUGCAGGUGGAGCGAUGGGGGGUCAUCAGGAGCAUCAGCAUCCCGCGCACCACGGAGUUCAUCCCGGCCAUCAUCCUUCUGUGAUUAUCGACCCAGAUGCCAUGUUUUCCGAAGAUAUGUUUGGAUCUCCUGGUUCUUCAGCAGGUUUUAGUCGACGUGGCACGCGUGGAAGUUCCUCGAAGGGUUCAGCGGGAGGAGACAACCACAAUAAUCCGUUUCUUCGAGCGAAUCGAGAAAGUAGACAGAUGGGCUCGGGUGGCGGAUCUUCACGGAAGUGGUUAGAUUCAGCUCUCAAAGACUCUAGCAGUGACAGUGCUGACUUAAGCGCUGCCGGAGGCCCUGGGGCUAGUAAAAAAGCCAAGAAUCCCGUAUGGAUCAGCGAAGACGUGGAGUUUUGGCCUGGCAACACAAAAUUCGUCCAUAUCAUUUCUCUGUAUUCAGAGCUGUGUGCUCUUAGCACAACAGGACAACUGCAUCAGUGGCGAUGGUGGAGCUGUGAACCGUUUCGAGGUGAUAUGAACACAAUCGUAUUUCAUCCGAAAACCAUCACCCUCAAUUUGUUACACGAGCGAAUAUCGAUGCUUGAUGGCAGAUGUGCAAGAGCUUCCGUGGUGACGGAAUCGGGAAAAGUGGCAACUUUCGUCGACGAAAGUUUAGGACCAGUGGCCUUCCGUUUGGAACAACAGGCAACAUUAUUCAACGAGUUCCAGGGAGAGCGAAUUUUAUCUAUUCACGUUUGCUCAUUGUAUUCGUGCGUUCGCCUGGAGAGCGGCGGUAUCUACUGGUGGGGUGUAUUGCCAUUUAGCCAACGAAAAAAGAUCUGGGAACGGAUGUGUCAACGUUCAAAGCAAAGUAAAGGUGCAUCUGCUGGGCACGGCGCCGAGAUCGCCGUCGAUGCUCAGGUCUGUAUGCGUUAUAGUCCAGUAUAUCACCCAGGAGCGCUGGCUUUUACGACCGCCAACGGACAACCAAGGGUUGGUCAAUUGCUGGCCGCCGCUUGGAAUCUACCUGACUCAUGUCAGUUCAAAAUAAUCGCGCCGAAAGCACCGCCUAUAAGCGGAAGUACCAGUGGAGGGGGUCCCUCAGAACGUCAGAGCAGCCAGUCUCCUGCCGAUGUUGGGGGUAGUGAUCGCACCGAAAUGCCACCCCCUCCAUCGCCAGCUUCAUCAACCUGCAGUGAGCCAUCGCCGCACAGCCCGAUGUCGCACAAGCGUAAAAAACCCGCCCGGGCAGAUGAUUGCGACAGGACAGAAGAAGAAGAAUGGGCACUGAAAGACGUCGUGUUUGUAGAAGACGUCAAGAACGUGCCGAUUGGUCGAGUAGUCAAAGUGGACGGACUCUAUGUCGCUGUGAAAUUCCCGUCAAAAGAGGGCAAUUCUGGUGGCGGAGACCGCGACAAGACUAGUGGUGAUGGCAAAGACGACCCCUUGUCGGACUGUCGUUUGAUGCGCAAAGAUGAGGUACAGGUCGUUCGAGGAGGGGGUUCAGCAGCUUCGACACGCACCCUUGACUGUUUGCAGAAAACGCCAAAACGGGUCGCGUUCCCAGAUAACGCCGUGCAAAUCCUUUCGAUGGCAGUUGAUCCUCGUGGUAUUCAUGUCGUUGUUCGAGGUCGCAAGUCAAAUCAACUGCGUUACUGCGUCCACAAUGUAGCUACGGGUCGUGCUGAGCAAGACGCUGCCUUCCCGAUACAUACAGCUAGUUUCCUCGCUGCCGAUGUUGGUCAGGUGGCAUUGAGUGUUAAUGGUGAAAAUGAAUCAUUGUCAUUGUUACGUGACGGGAACGCCUGCCUGUUCCCUUUGGCUCACGAUUGUGUAGCGGCCAUCCGCGAUCCGGUCUGGCUUAAUCUACCUCCCGUUCGUGCUAUGGGAAUGGGUCUGCAAGCGUUGCGCGACGUCGCUCACAACCAGAAAAGCCAAGUGGCAGUAAUUACGCUUCUGCUUGAACCACAAACGGUGAUGUCAGCCAUCUUUAAGGGUAAUGCAGAAGCAGUAUGCCAGCUGUUGAGUAAUGCGAAACGGGACAUGGAUUCUGAAGGAGACGUGUCUGCUCUUCGAGCUAUCCUCAGCGAACGCUGUGAUGGUAAUCGCAAUAUUCUGCAUGCUGCUGUCAGCGUGUCCGUACCUACAUCGAACAAAAGCAACGAUGGGGAGCAGGCGCCGUACGAUGCUCUCGAUCUCCUACAGACAUCGUCGGGCGCUACGGGAAACAACCAACCGUUAAACAGCAGGAAAUCGUCUAAACGAUGUUUCAGCAUUUCGCUGUCAGAGAUGAUGCGACGCGCUCACGGAGAACCGGCAGAUCUUGCCGGCGGUGUUGGUGGAGGCGGUAUACAAGAUUCUGAUAAUGAAUUCCACUUGGGGUCAAGUGCGCGGGUGUCGUGGGGUCCGAACGAAGAUGGCGUCCAUGUUGCGGACGGACAUCCACUGGGCCAUCACGCCACUGAUGGUCUCGGCCACGGAGUGGGCUCUGGCGUUGGUAUCGGAGUCGGUGAAUUAGGUGUUGCUGGACAAGGAGCUGGUUCAGCCGCCCACGCCGGAGCUCUUGAACUUGCUAAAAGCCAGCGAGGAAUUGCGCCUUUAUUAGCGCUUUUGCAAGCAUCGGUGUUACGUCCUCAUUUACAUGAACUUUUAUGCGCUCGUGACGCAACUGGUCAAACACCAUUCAUGACUGCUGUUUCCUGCAGGGCAUACCAUGCGGCUCUACUUUUGUUAGAUGCUGCCCAAAGGUGCAGCGAAAAUUCCCGUGUAGCUCUACGGCAGAUGAUCUAUCCCGUGGAUGCACCGGCCGAAGACUCGCCAUUGCAUGUCCUCUGCUCCAACGAUACCUGCUCUUUUACUUGGACAGGGGCACAACACAUUACGCAAAGCAUUUUCGAGUGUCGCACCUGCGGUUUAACUGGAACCCUAUGUUGCUGUUCGGAAUGCGCUCGCGUAUGUCACCGUGGCCACGACUGCAAACUAAAACGUGCAUCUCCUACGGCGUACUGUGACUGCUGGGAAAAAUGUCGCUGCCGAGCGCUUGUUCAGGGAAGCCAACAAGCCCGUGUGCAGCUUCUCAACAGACUCAUUCAUGAAACCGAUCUUGCUACGCUACCGAACGGAAAAGGCGAAACGAUUUUACUAUUCCUUGUGCAAACGGUUGGCCGGCAAAGUGUAGAGCAACGUCAAUAUCGUCCAUCUCGAUCGCGUAAUCAGCCCCCACGCAAGGUGACGGGUACCGGGGCAGAGUCUAGCGGCGGCAAUCAUGACAUGCCGGACCAUGAUCUCGAUCCUCCGAAAUUCGCACGCCGUGCUUUGGAUCGCAUGUUACGAGACUGGCCAGCUGUACGUGCUGCUUUGAUGGCUGGUGAUCACCGUUUACAAACGAGCACCUCUGAAGAAGGCCCCCUAACAGCACAAGCCGGCGCCACCCUUCUUGAUAAGUUUGUGCAAAGCCUUCUCGUCAAAUGCUCAAUGGAAAUGCUAGAUACUCUCCUGGCUACGCUCAUCCAACAAAUGUACCACGAUCGCGAUUCGGGGAGUUCAGCGGCAGCGGUGGUGACAUUGUGUCAACCUGGACCGUCGACGUCUUCCGGCUCCAGCGUUGGACCACCACCGACAGAAUCCCGUGUCGUGGCGGUCCGUUUCGUUCGCUCAGUUGUGCGUCUCUUUACUGUUCUGGCUGCUGAGAUGUCGCCGAAUCCCAAUCGGCGGAAGUCUAGACCGGUCAUGUUCAGCUUGUCUGGCGCUUCGUCACAACCAAUUCUCAAAUGCAAACGCGUCUUCCAGGCCUUGCUGCCUCUGUCGAUCCGAGAAUUAGUCGACGCGGCGGUAUCGCUGAUGACACCUGUACGACUGGGCGUCGCGCGACCCACCGCACAUUUCUCAUUACUAGCCACGUGUUUAGACGCCAUCAAUGGCAGUGAGGAACUUUUCCUUGUUGAUCCGCCUGUACUUAAUAGUACGGCGCCGCUUGCUGAUGAUCUAUCGGGGCAAGGAGCUGGCGACCUUCGCAAUCUAAGUAGUGCUGAACAGGACGAGUCUAGUGAUCCUGCGGUUUCGAAUAGACAGCGAUCAGGCUUACCGCCACGUUCCCUGCCUUCAUCGUUGGGCGCAGCGCCGGGCUCUUCAAAUUCGGCAGGACCAUCACAUUCUGGCGCCGGUGGAUCGGGAACUCCAAUAAGAGACGCGGGUGGCCCACAGGAGAGCGACUCGGAGAGUGAGAGCGAACGUGAUGAAGACGCUUUGUCGGUGUUGUCCAUCUCCGAGGUUCGAGGAGGUCAUCACUCGAGCAGCCAGGACAGGCAGGCGCCGGCCGGAAACGAAGCAGACGAUGACUCGACAGGGGAGACAUCCGGAGCCGAGGGUGAAGAAGAUAGCGAUGCAGGCGAUACAGAAGAGCAGGACAAUGAUGACGGGGAGCACACGGACGAACCCUUGGAGAGACGUCCAAGUGGUUCGAUGGGCCGCAACAACAACUCUCCUACGUACCUAGCGCCCCCUCACCUUCAGUGGGCUGUCAGAAGUCGCUCCGAACUUGUUUAUGCAGCUGGAGUAUCAGCAUCCACUGGUACCACAAAUACAAUCCUUACUGCUUCGGUACCACUGGCAAAUGGUUUGGUGUACAUCGACGCGAAUUCUCUGCGUCGGUCUACAGGGAAUUCAUCAUCCGCUUCUUCGUCGGCGUCAGCUGUCGCCCUCACGGCUGCCGCCGCUGCCGGAGUUCAUGGCGACGGUGGGGUGCCUUCUGUCACCAAUACAAACGUAGGGCUAGCUCGUACUUUCGGCGCGUUGAUUCGUCAGCUUACAGACUUACUAGCUGUUCUCGAUGAGUCAACAGGGGCUCGCUAUUUAGUUCCGGGCUUACUCAAAGUCCCUCCUGAGGUGCUAUCACCAGAACAUUUGCCGAGCCUUUACGAACUAGUCGAAUCUGCUCUAAAACCAACCUGGAACUGGUUCAUGACCGUUAUGGAUUCUACAGAGGGACAGUUGCGCUUUGGAUGCGCUCUCAACAAGCGACUCACCGGAGGCGCAGCAUCUGCUGGUGGUCAGGGCAUUUCGGGACAAGGAACACGAAACUCAGGAGCGGGGUCGUCCCGAACAGGAGGCGAUAACGGCGAGUCGCGUCGUCGCAGCAAAAUUGAAUCAGCCGCACGGAGAGAUUUCCUCUCGUACACGCUGUCCUUACUUCGAGCUCAAUCGUCAGAACAUUUGGACACGUUGCCAAUCAUUGAUGUUGCAUCCCUUAAGCAUAUCGCUUACGUCUUCGACUCAAUGAUUUACUAUUUGCGCUGUGGAAACAAUGGAUCGUCAACAAGCAGUGCUGAAGGCACCGACCUUAGUGACGUGAUGCGGGAAGGAUCGAUCUCAUUAGACCCUUGGUUGGACAAUGAACAGGAUAUGGUUGAUACGGACACGGAAGAGAAGCCUUUUGGAACAUCGACCGACAGGCCAUCGGGCGACUCUCAAAGUAAUGGCAAGCAGACCGUACACGCUGGGAGAAAACACAGUUUCUUCCAACGAUCGGACUCUACUCUUUGUUUGGGUUGUAUACCACCUCCAGAUCCGUUUGCUACGCCACUUGCCGAAGCACUGCCGCUAGCCGAACGACCGCAAUUGCUCACGCCAGCUGCUACCCGACUAGAUCUGUUUGGACCACCGUCGAGAUUUGCAUCUGGAAGCGAUGGAAAUAACCGACGCGAUUCAGCAGCCCAGUUGAGGCCCUCGCUUCGUACGGCCUUGGAAGAUGAUGCCAGUUGGCCGCGAGUCACUGUAGGGGCACGGCAACAGAACACCGGCAACGAAAGGAGUCAGCGACAGCAGGGGCAAGGCCAGCCCCACGAUGCGCUUCUGAGCCGUUGGCAUCUAACGCUGGAGCUGUUCGGUAGGGUGUUCGUUGAUGACGUGGGUGCCGAACCUGGCUCCAUCAUUUCGGAGCUCGGCGGGUUUCCUGUCAAAGAAGCUCGUUUCCGUCGAGACAUGGAAAAGCUCCGCGGUUCACAGCAGCGAGAUUUGUCACUGGCCAAAAUGGAACGUGAACGAGGCGCACUUCUGCAACUCACGUUCCGCGAACUAAACCAACAGUACACGAAUAACAGCCGCCGCUCAAUGGGAGGCACUCCUCCUCUCGCCAUUAGUAGAGUUAAAGUGAUUUUCCGAGACGAACCUGGUGAGGGAUCAGGAGUUGCACGCUCAUUUUACGCGUCGUUUGCUGAAGCCGUGCUAGCUAACGAUAACAUUCCUAAUCUUGAGGGCUGUCAAACUGGAAACCGUACAUUACAAUACAGCUCGGUUUCAGACCUGAUCCAGCGACUAAAGUCUCGCGACAAGGACAAGGAAUCGUCCGCAACUGGACGAUCCAGCGGCGGCUCGUCACGCGCAGUUGGCCCAUCGGGGUCGAUGCUUCGAGUCGAAGCUCCCGCGUUCGCCAUGGCCACUUCUGGCGAACCUAGCCAAGGAAACGACCAAUUAUCACCACAUCGUAAACAGCUCGGAGCCCGUCUGUACCCUCGUGUCCAAGCGUUACGACCACUUCUUGCAGCAAAGAUCACAGGCAUGCUUCUUGAACAGUCCGCAACUCAGUUGAUUCUUCUCCUAACAUCGGAAGAGUCACUCAAACAGCGGGUCGACGAGUGCGUCGACUUGAUCGCUUCCAACAAAUGUGCUGUCAAGCUGGAACCGUUGGAUCUCAACGAGGCUGGCACAUCGAGCGCGCUUGGCGAGCCCAUGGACGCGGUGCCGUGUGAAGACAAUUCGCCUUUCUUCUAUCAACCUGGUAAGACCGGUUUUUAUUCUCCGCGCCAAGGCAAGUGUACACCGGAACGACUGAACGCGUUCAGAAACAUAGGACGCGUGAUGGGCCUAUGCCUACUACAGAAUGAGCUGUGUCCAAUCCCACUAAGUCGUCAUGUGUUGAAGUACAUACUAAAUCGGCGAAUUGGGUGGCACGAUCUCGCGUUUUUUGAUCCUGUGUUGUAUGAAAGCUUGCGUCAAAUUCUCUUCGAAGCUGGGGAUAACAAAGAUAACAAUAAAGAGGAGGUAAUCGCCGCCCUCGAUCUGACGUUUACGAUCGAUCUAGGUCAGGAGGAAGGUGGGGACACCGUCGAGCUAAUACCUGACGGUCGAAAUACGCAUGUCACUGUACACAAUGUCUACGACUAUGUCCGUCGGUACGCAGAAUACCGUAUGGUUAAGUCACAGGAACGAGCUCUCGAAGCGCUGCGAACGGGUGUGUUCGAUGUCCUACUAAACAAUAGCCUUGAAGGAUUAACGGCGGAAGAUCUUAGACUUUUGUUGAACGGCGUACCGGAAGUAAACGUACAGAGUCUCAUCUCCUAUACGAGCUUCAUCGAUGAAGGUAAAGAAAGCACAGAACGGACGGUGCGUUUCAAAAAAUGGUUUUGGUCCAUCAUGGAAAAAAUGACCUCUAGAGAACGGCAAGAUCUUGUUUACUUCUGGACGGGUUCUCCUGCGUUACCUGCGUCGGAGGAAGGAUUCCAGCCGAUGCCGACGAUCACAUUACGCCCACCAGACGACCAGCAUCUUCCCAGCGCUAACACCUGUAUUUCUCGUCUUUACCUUCCGAUUUAUUCGUCGAAACACAUCCUUCGAUCAAAACUGUUACUCGCUGUGAAGACCAAAAACUUCGGUUUUGUUUGAGUGUUUCGGUACAAGACAAAAAUCCGGGAACUGUUUAAUUCGUUCAAAUUUGUACUGCGUAUUUCAGAGGACAACUAUCGUUUUCGAAUCCUUAGUUGGUAAUCAUUACGUUAACGUAGUUGUGCACUAGAUUGGCAUUUCAGAAGUUUCGUAAAAAGCUUCUUGAGAACUAAACAGGUAAUGAUGACAUCAAAUAUAUAAAUAUGGAACAAUUUAGUUUAACGGAGAAUACAUGAGGUUGUCUGAGCGAGAACGAAUAUUGCCUCAACGUUCACUUUCGACAGAAGGGAAGCACGACCGUAUUAAAUAAUGUUAUUAUUUACUUUUUGGAAGACGAUAAUUAUGGACUAAUGAUAACAAUAAUAGGAAAAAAGAAGGAUAGUGAUGGUGAUGAUGACGAUGGUAAGAAAACAUAACCGUUUCACUAAAUGGUGACCAAAUGAAGAUAUAGCUUGCAAUGUGAUUGAAGCUGAAUAAGCUUUUUCUUAAAAUAUCUCAAAAGUCGACGAGACAAGUGUAAAUAAAGACAACAUGUUUGCUAUCAAUUCUUUUAUCCCUUCUUAUUAAUAUACACGUAAUAACGUUAAUACGCGUUAAUAUACACGGUACACCAAACUAUUCGUCGUUUGAAGGGCCGAAAUAUUUGAAUCCUUCUCGUUUGUCUCUUUUAUGAUAAAUGCUAUAAUUUAGCCACAUAUGACAGCAAGAUCAAUUCUUCCACUAUCAUAAGUAUCGUCGUUACGGCAUAGCCGUUACAGUAUAGUUGUGCAGCUUUGUCUUUUCGUCACGAUUGCGGAAAAACGAUUCACUUUUCCAAGCAGCAAUAUCACUAGACCUAUUACACACAGGUACUAAUGUGAUAUCGCGGUGGGUAACUUGUUCGUUCGUCUAAGUUGAAGACACGCAACGGUCUAGGCUGAAAUUCAGGCAUAGACACAUAUUUUUUGCCGGAUGCCAGGCAUCUGAAGUAGUGCCUAACUGUUAAAACAAUGACCGUAAAACACGAAAAAUAUUCGGUUUCAAAAUAUUCAGAUAAUAAUGGUUUCAAACUUAGGUAUUUUGCUACGCUUAGCGGUGGCAACUCACUGGCUAACAACGAGUAGUCUUACAAAGUUUUAAGCUGCUAAAACUUAGCACUGCUACUACUAGGCGUCCGCUAAGAUGCAAGAAUAUCUAAGUAGUAUAACGUAUUAUCAGGAAUUUUCUUCAGAACUUCUAAACUUUAUAAACGAGAUGUCAAUUCAAUUAGCCAUGCCCCAAAAUAA